UCAUCUGUAAUCAUGGCGUCCUCUUCCAUUUUCUUAUUAAUCUCUGCUUUCUUUUUAUUCACUUUGCCUUUAUUUGCCCUUAAUGUUUCACAUGAUGCAAGAGCAAUUACCAUUGAUGGAGAAAGGAGAAUUCUACUCUCUGGUUCAAUUCAUUAUCCCCGCAGUACUACUGGAAUGUGGCCAUCCUUGAUUAAAAAAGCAAAAGAGGGUGGUUUAAACACAAUUGAUACUUACGUUUUUUGGAGUGCCCAUGAAGCUCAACGUCGUCAGUAUGACUUUUCAGGAAAUCGUGACCUUGUAAGAUUUCUCAAAACCAUACAAGAUGAAGGGCUUUAUGCAGUUCUUAGGAUUGGGCCAUAUGCGUGUGCAGAAUGGAAUUACGGAGGGUUUCCAGUGUGGUUGCACAACAUUCCAGGCAUCAAGUUCAGGACAAAAAAUGAUGUGUUUAUGAACGAGAUGUCAAAUUUUACGACGGUGAUUGUGGACAUGAUGAAACAUGAGAAACUCUUUGCUUCACAAGGCGGGCCUAUUAUUAUUUCUCAGAUUGAAAAUGAGUACGGGAAUGUUAUUGAGUCGUAUGGAAAUGAUGGAAAAGAAUACAUUCAAUGGUGUGCUAAUUUGGCUCAAUCUUACCAAACUGGUGUUCCCUGGAUUAUGUGUCAACAACCGGAUGCUCCAUCCCCAAUGAUUAAUACUUGCAAUGGAUGGUAUUGUGAUCAAUUCACCCCUAACAAUCCCAAUAGUCCUAAAAUGUGGACUGAGAAUUGGACUGGCUGGCAUAGGGCUUGGGGUCUUCAAGAUCCACACAGAACCGCUGAAGACAUGGCUUAUGCUGUUGCUCGGUUUUUUCAAUAUGGUGGAACUUUUCAGAACUAUUACAUGUACCAUGCUGGUACUAAUUUUGGCCGCUCAGCAGGGGGUCCGUACAUUACCACAUCAUAUGAUUUCGAUACACCAUUAGAUGAAUAUGGUAAUUUGAACCAACCAAAGUGGGGACAUCUAAAGCAACUUCAUUUGCUUCUAAAAUCGAUGGAGAAGGUUCUAACUCAUGGUUCUGUGAGAAGUAUUGAAUAUGGGAAUAAUACCACAGCCACAAUUUACAGUUAUGAUGGAAAAUCAAGCUGUUUCUUUGGAAAUGGAAAUGCAGAAGACGAUGCAACAAUCAACUUCGAGAACACCAUCUACACUGUACCAGCUUGGUCUGUCUCCAUCCUUCCUGAUUGCUUUACUGAAGUCUACAACACUGCUAAGGUUAACAGUCAAACAUCAGUAAUGGUGAAGAAGGAAAAUGCAGCAGAUGAUUUUGAAGAACCUUACGCGUUGAAAUGGCAAUGGAGAGAUGAGGGCAUUGAGCACAGCGAUAAAAAUGGCUUUGUUAAAGAUAGUCUAAUGACAGUUGAACAACUCUUAGAGCAAAAGUCUGUCACAAACGAUACCAGUGAUUACCUUUGGUAUAUCACCAGUUUCAAUGUCAAGAAUACUGACCCAAUUUUGGGCAAAGAUACGACUCUUCAAGUGAAUACUAAUGGACAUAUAAUUCAUGCAUUCGUCAAUGGAAGACAUGUUGGAUCCCAAUAUGCUCAAUAUGGAAAAUUCAACUUCACUUUUGAGAGUAAAAUCAAAUUGAACGUUGGGAGGAAUGAAAUAGUUUUGCUUAGUGUCACUGUUGGAUUGGCCAAUUAUGGUCCAAACUUUGAUUUGGUGCAAACUGGUAUUUCUGGUCCGGUUAAUGUGGUCGGGAGAGAGAGACUUGAUGACCUAACCCAAAAAUUGGGUGACGAGAAGUUCAUCAUUCAAGAAGUAACCAAGGAAUUGGCUUUCAACAAAUGGACGUACAAGGUUGGAUUGCGCGGUGAACGACAACAACUCCAUGAUCCUCUCCACUCACAUCGUUGGAGGUGGUUUGGAGAUAAUCUUCCAACAAACAAGAUGUUUGUUUGGUACAAGACAAGCUUCAAGGCGCCGACAGGGAGUGAUCCAGUUGUGGUGGAUUUGAUGGGUUUGGGUAAGGGACAUGCAUGGGUGAAUGGCCACAGCAUUGGGAGGUAUUGGUUGAGUUAUCUUUCAAGUGAAGAUGGGUGUUCUCCAACGUGUGACUAUCGUGGAACAUACUCUGGUGACAACAAAUGCAAGACUAAUUGUGGGAAGCCUUCUCAACGAUGGUACCAUGUGCCUCGAGAUUUUCUCAACGGUGAUGACAACACCUUGGUUGUGUUUGAGGAGUUUGGAGGAAACCCUUGGAAUGUUAAGUUUCAGACAGCCACUGUCGGUUCAGCUUGUGCAAAUGCUCAUGAAGGAAGCACCUUGGAAUUGGCAUGCCAAGGAGGAACUGUUUUCUCCCGAAUCAGAUUUGCUAGCUUUGGUUCACCCAAAGGUGCUUGUGGGUCUUUUGGUGCAGGCCAGUGUGAGUCUCCUAGUGCUUUGUCCACCAUUCAAAAGGCGUGUAUCGGCAAAGAAAGGUGUUCCAUUGAUGUCUCGGAAAGCUACCUUGGACCUACUGGUUGCAAAGAGACUAAUAGGCUGGCUGUUGAAAUUAUCUGUUAG